AUAACAUUUUGGUAAGAGAAAAUGAUACAUGAAGACUAUAGCCUAAAGGCUAAAAUGAAGAGGUUCUUGAACCAAGACGAUCCUGAACACUCUGAGAGUAAUUUUUCCCAAAAUAGCCGUCAGAAUAACUCCCAGGAACCAAGGAAACCAAAGCCAGCCUUUCCCAAUAUCAAUUACCUAAGAGAUCAGAAACAAAGCCCCCGAGGUUCUAGUAUGAAAUAAUGAAAUCCGAAAUGACAUUCCAUUAACGGUGAAUCGUAAUACAAAGGCUAAACGCACACUAGACAAAAGAAGGAAAACUGGUUGAAACAAUCAACAUUCUUCGCUGAAUAACAAAGUUACAAGGAUCAUCAAGUGUGAUCUGAUCAGGGAGCCCAGGGGUAGAGAAGAAGGAGUUGUUUACAGUCAAGGAAGAGUUGAAAGAGAGUCAACAGUCAGCCCUGUUAUAAAAUCAAUCAGCGAAUUUGACUAUGACAAUCCUCUUUCUGAGAGACAGCAUCGUAAUAGAGGCAAGUCUGAGAUCUCUAAGCAUACUGAAGGGCCUAAUAUUUUAUUCAAACUAGGAAAUCUAGACGAAGCAUUGCUAAAAGCUCAAACAUUGUUAGAUAAUAAGCCUAAAGAUGAGAAUUAUCUCUAUCUUAAAGGGAGGGUUCUAGAAAAAUUAAACAGAGAAAACGAAGCAGAGACUUGCUUCCAAGAAGCCCUUGAAGUCAAUCCAAAAUUCUCUCAAGCAGCAUUUUAUUUAGCAGCAAUUGAAAAUAAAAGAGGAAAUUUUGAAAAAUCUAUUGAUUUGUACAAUUAUGCUUUAUCUAAAGAUCAAAUACCUGUUGGAAAUUAUAAAAAUAAUGCUCCAAUACUACCUACAAAUCUUAAGAAAGAUGUAGGAAGUACUUUAAAACAUGCUAAUUUUUGUCUAAGACCAAGCCUUGCUGAUUCUCUCAAGCCAGGAAUCACUAAUAUUAGCAAUAAUAAGCUUAAAUCAUAUGAGAAAAUUACAAAUUUUUCUACUACUAUGAACCAAAAGAAGCUCACUCGACAUAAGAGGAUUAGCCACCCAGAUCCUAAAAUUCAUAAAUCCGGAAAAAAACCAAAGAAUUUAUCUCCAAAAAGCACGGCCAGAACCAAAACAAUGGAAAAUUCUCCAGUGCUUGAGCAGAAAAAGUCUGCCAAAGUAGGGAGACUCAGCAAAAAUAGAGUCAAAAAGCAUAAGAACAACUCAGAGAAUAACCAUAACAAGUACCCAGUUACUUUCUGCCCAUUAGGUAGCAGUCUGAAUAAAGCUGAGACAGUGAGUCUGUCCUCUGGAAACCAACCUACAACUAAUGUUCAGAGCUCACAAGAUGAGAAGACCUCCCUUUCUAGCAAAGCACUUACCAAGUCAACUCAAAAGACAAAGAAAACUAAAAAGAUGAAUUUUUCAGACAGAAUGCUAUCUUCAAAGCUGUAUUCGAUUAAAAGGCAGGAAAUCUUCUUGUAUAAUAAACAAGGAAAGCAGAAGAAUGCUCCAAAGUCUCAAAACUCAAGCUUAAGCACCAGUCGAGUCAAGAAGAGUAAACCACAGAAGGCUCCUUCAAGAUAUUUUAAGUCACCUAAGUACAGUGCUCAAGUGAAUCCAAAUCCGAAAAAUCAGCUUGCUACAUCAAAAGUUUAUAAAUAACUCUAAAAGUAGUUGGAAUUGCACCAAGCCUAGGCUAAGAGGAGCACUGAAAGUGGACUUGGCGGAUACCUCUGGUCGGAUGGUGAAUUCUUCUGAGAAAUCUGACAAGAAUACUAAGCCUUUCACUCUGUUCAAAGACUGAAGUGCAUCUAAAAACCAGAAAAUAAAUCUGAGGUAUCACAAUUCAACAAGUCAGAACGGGUCUGAGGUUGACUGAAGCGACACUUAUUCUAUUAUUCAAAAGCAUUUCAAUACUGAUAGGAAAUCAGUAUGCAAGACUCAAGCUAGGACAGAUCCCUUUGAAUCUCCUUUUACAAGUCUUCAGAAUAACAGAUUUGAUAUUGAUUUGAGUAAGGCUAAUAUUGCAGCAACAUGAGUAGAAAAGAAAAUCCAUACUGAAUCUAACUAUGCUCCUGGAAACCAUCAUACAGAGAUGGAUAGCGAGUCAUACACCCGAAACACUGACCUAAACUUCUCCAAAGUCUUACAUACAAAAUCUUCUGAGGCUUCCUUUACAGACCAGAACAUGCCUAAAAAGAGCGACGAUGUGAUCAUCAACUCCAAAAGUUACCAUCCUCGGCUAAAUCCACCUUCUAAAAUCCCACUGAAGGAUGAUCAAAGGGUGUCAAAUUUAUUAAAAUUAUAA